AUGGCCAUCUGCCCAGAAUCGGCCCAAACGGACAAAAGUGCUCUGGCAAACCUUUCUGAUGAGACUGAGACUUUGAAGAGCUUUACUGAUGAGGUACAGACUUCCAGUUCAUUCAGCUCCUCUGGAGGACGGCAGUCAUCGCCCCUGACCUCUGGGAGCAAACUGGAGAGGGAAAAGCAGACUCCAAGCUUGGAACAAGGAGACAAACAAUCUGAGCUUCUGGACUUCAAAAAUUAUGAAAAGAAGUUGAGGAAAAAAUGGAUCAACCACCUCAAGCGCAAAGACUCUAACUUUGAACGGCACCAACCAGACACCAAACUUCAAACAGAAAUCACUCAGGUAUCCGAUGAAGAACUGAAUGCCCUGAAGUCUUACUGCACCAUGAAGAUAAAUUUGAUUCAUCACAGAGGGGAUUCUAAGAAGAAGACGAGCGGCAGACAUAAAAAGCUGCAUGUUGGAUUGGAUGCAGAGGCUUUAGAGAGAGAUGCCUUAAGUGGUACUGUACCCAAUGAACUUUUGAACAGAAUCUACUUUAAAAACUUGAAGACAACGCCAAAACAGAAGACAGCAGCUAAGCAACACAUAUCUUCUCAGUGUCCCGAUUGUAACAGGAAAAGAGCAGAGCUGGCCCUGUCUGCCUUUCUGAAACAAAAGAAGACUUUACUGGAGUCAUUUCUACUUCAAGAGAAAAUAGAUGAACAUCUUCAUACCAAAGACUUUCUCACCCGUAUUGGAGAAGCACAUCAAGACUUUCCUAGGCUUUCAGAUGACCCCAGAAUAAUCUGGGAAAGACUGACUGGGAAAAGUCAUAUCAGAUACUCUGGUUUUGAAAGAUCAGAUACAGAGCAGAAGAUGCAGUGA